GGGACUGUGUGUGGGGUACUACAGAGGGGAACAGUGCACAGCAAAGGUUAACAAGGUCUUUAAUCAGUCAGCGGAUGUUUAAAAGCAGGGAACAGUCGAGAAAAAGCAUGUUGUGAAUGGAGGCAGUCUGCAGUUUGUACAGGAGGUUAUAAGUAGAGGAGCUAACUGUGCCAAAAACACGGAGCAGACCUCAGCUGUUUCACUAGCCCAGCCUGAUCAGAUCUGUUAAGCCUCACCUCCUAUUACUUCUCGCCGGCCCUCCUUGUUUUUUUUCUCCGGAGCCAUGCAUCCCCAGCGUCCUCUUCCCCAGGCCAUGCCCUCCUCCUCUCUGGGACAGAACCUGAGGGACAUGGCCAUGGGUCUAGGAAGAGGCAAGAACUUCCUUGGAGGAAAUGUUGCCUAUGGGUUCAUCCAGUCGUUUAAGGAGUGCCUGUACUUCCUCCUCUGCUGCUGGUGCAUCAAAGAGAUCCUGGACUGACAGAGAGUAGAUCAAGUGGUCAAACAUUGAUUUUCCACUUUUCUCCGUUGGCUCCUAUUGUGUAAUUUAAACCAGCUUUUAUAUCAUUGAGAAUGGAGUGUUUUUAUCAGCGGUGCUGGCAAAGCGUUGGCAAUAUCUGUAGAAUGCUCUUCUUGGGUUCCAGAAAACACACAUUUGCACAUUUCCAGAAGCUGGAAAUGUUCACUGCGAGACUGAGUCAGUUUCCUUAAUUCAACCUUGCUGAUCUGAGAGCCUGAUGACUGGCAGUCCUGAUAUUCACUGUUCACAACACAAACUGGUGUGCAUUGAAUAAAGGAACUUGUGAAAAGAAAACAUAUUA